GCUAUGAUCUUGAUUGUAGUCCAUCGCCGCUCUCCGAAAGAGACGAAUCGAUCCAACCAAAGACAAUGUCGAAACCUAUCAGCAGGCCAAGACACACAAAGCAUCGCCAAGGCAGACUGAACGCAUUUUGGUCAAGCGGAACCCGCCUGUCGUCUUGGCUGAUGGUCUGCUGUGUCCACUGAGAGUCGUCUCUCGGGUGUAACUGCAGUUGCUUUGUCCCGUCCAACAGCACGAGACUCUCUUAUCAGGAUUUUCCGCUACAGAGGCCUCGAGCUCGAAACUCAACUGGCCUUUUGUUGUAAGCAUCGACAUAUAUCAACCUUCAGUGCCUGAAAGGUAGGUAGGCAUUGUUGGCCUUCUUGUCUGUCUUACUCUUUUCGCUCCUCAACCUCGUGUGUUCGUAGCCCUCAGCCGCCGUCAUGGGCCUCAACGGAUGGAUUCACAAUGCCAACAUGGCCGUCGCUCGCUCCUUUGUGGGCAGACGAUUUCGGCUCGAUGGCUCAGGUCAUCCCCGGGAACGAAAAGGCACCUACUUCUUCACCGAGAUACGGGCCGGUUUGGCGACAUUCUUCGCCAUGGCGUACAUCAUCUCCGUCAAUGCAACAAUUGUGUCUCAAUCAGGUGGUACCUGCGUUUGCCCGCCUGAUAGCCCUGAUCUAUGCGACAGCGAUCCAGACUACAUGCUCUGCGUUGCUGGCAUCCAGCGAGAUUUGGUUACCGCGACGGCUGCAAUUUCUGCCCUCACGACUUUCUGCAUGGGAUUGUUCGCCAACAUGCCGAUUGCCCUGGCUCCUGGUAUGGGUCUCAAUGCAUAUUUUGCCUACACUGUCGUCGGAUACCACGGAUCCGGCCUUGUUCCAUACCAAGUCGCUGUCACAGCAGUCUUUGUCGAGGGGUUCGUCUUCGUCGGCUUGACCAUUCUCGGUCUGCGCCAGUGGUUGGCUCGGGCGAUCCCUGCUUCCAUCAAGCUCGCCACGGGCGUCGGCAUUGGGCUAUAUCUUACCUUGAUCGGCCUGACGUACAGCGCUGGCAUUGGUGCCGUGACAGGCGCUCAAUCCACUCCUCUUGAAUUGGCCGGUUGUGAAGCGCAAUACAUGGAUGAAAAUGGCCUUUGUCCGGCCUCGGAGAAGAUGCGGAAUCCAACUAUGUGGAUUGGCAUCUUUUGUGGCGGAUUUUUCACUGUCCUGCUCAUGAUGUUCCGAGUCAAAGGCGCAAUCAUCUUCGGCAUCCUCCUCGUCAGCAUUAUCUCCUGGCCUCGGGGCACGCCGGUGACUUACUUCCCUUACACGGAGCUCGGAGACAGCAUGUUCGACUUCUUCAAGAAGGUGGUCGCCUUCCAUCCCAUUCAGAACAUCUUGGUGGUGCAGGAGUGGAAUAUUUCUGGGUAUGGUGGGCAAUUCGGACUCGCCUUUAUUACGUUCCUUUACGUCGACAUUCUGGACUGCACUGGCACACUUUACUCAAUGGCCCGCUUCUGUGGCGCUAUCGACGAAAAGACGCAAGACUUCGAAGGCUCUGCCGUGGCUUACCUAGUCGAUGCCUUCGGUAUAUCGAUUGGUGCUCUUUUCGGAACCCCCCCUGUCACCGCUUACAUCGAAAGCGGAGCUGGCAUUUCCGAGGGCGGAGCUACUGGUCUUACAGCGAUAACCACGGGUCUCUGCUUCUUCAUCUCGAUCUUCUUUGCACCGCUGUUUGCUUCGAUACCGCCUUACGCUACAGGCUGCGUCCUGAUCAUUGUCGGCUCGCUCAUGGCCAAAGCCGCCAAGGACAUCAACUGGCGGUAUAUCGGCGACGCGAUUCCAGCGUUCCUCACCAUCGCCAUCAUGCCGUUCACGUAUAGUAUCGCAUAUGGCCUGAUCGCGGGCAUCAUCAGCUAUAUUGUGCUCAACACGAUCGUGUGGCUGGUGGAGAAGGCCAGCGGUGGCCGGAUCAGGCCCGCGGAUAAGGAGUACAAGGAACCCUGGACGUACAAGAUCGAAGGCGGAAUCUUGCCGCCCUGGCUCGUCCGUGCGUCCAAGGGCAAGAAGGAUUUCUGGAGACCGUAUGGAGAUGUCGAGCACAAUACUUCGCCGGUGGCUGGGAGGACUUUGGAGGGCAAGGAAAGUGUCGGUGCGGAGACCGCCAUGGCACAGGCUGGGGCUUCGGAGCGCGGCGGGUUCAGUGCUGCGGACAUGAGAGGGAGCACGACGAGUGGGAGUGAGGAGGGGGAGAAGUUGAAGCUUUGAAGCUUUGAAGCAGGAUCAGGUUUGGCGUUGUUCUGCGAUAAGCCUGACUGUCUUGGGGUCAAGUUGUACUAGUAGUUGACUGCGCCGUUUUUAAGACGAGAAGGAAACCCAUUAUUGCCUGCUAUAUUAUUGCAGUGAUAUGAUUUAGGACAUGGAGUACUCCGUAUUCCCCUGUCUCGCCUGACCAAAUUUGAC